GAGGGGGAUCUUUGUCUUUGUGAAUGCGCGUGCGUCUCACAGCUGGACCUGCAGGAGGCCGAGGGCUCCUUCUCGCUGUCGCCGGAGUUCGCCGAGGCCACUGGCGUCGGCCUGGAGCAGCUCGCCCGCUCCUCGCCCUUCGCGUCGCUCCGGCAGCUCGCCCGUCUCUCCCACCCGAACCCGUCCGUGCCGGCGCUGUCCGGAUUCAAGCCGGCGAGCGAGCCCGCCGGCGCCCGCCACCGCCAGCUGAUGGAGCAGGUCGCCAGCGCGUUCUCGCGGGCCGCGUCCGACGCCAGGGAGUCGCGCGGCUCGGCUUCGCCGCCCGCCGCCGCCGACGACGCCGACGACGCCGCCGCCGAUCCGGUCGGCGAUCCGCGAGGCCCGGGGUCGCGGCGGCCGCGCGACCGGUGCCGACGGGAGAGCGCCGCCCCUCCCGGGGCCGAGCCCAAGGCCGCGGUGAAAGCGUCGCGGCAAGCCGAGGUCCGGGUUGCCGAGGGUGCCGUCUACGGGACGGCGGUGACGGCGGCGGGCGGCUCUGGCGACGAGACGUCGGCGAGCGAAGCCGGAGGCGCGUCCGGGAGGAAGAGGGGCGGCGCUGACUGGGGCGUGUCGCGGGACGCCCGAGGCCCGGCUGGCGAGGAUCGCGGUGAAACGUUCAGCGAUGUGGAGCGCUGCGCUGGCGACGACGACGACGACGGCGGCGAAUACGACGUUGGUAACAUCUACGCCGACGAUGAUAACGACGAUGACUACGAUGACGACGACGACGACGACGGUAACCACGACGACGACGACGGUAACCACGACGACGGUAACCACGACGACGACGACAGUAGCGACGCCGACGAUGACAAAAAAGGGACCGCCUCGCCGCCGUGGCGCUGCGACGAGGGCGGCGUGGCCGGCGACGGGGACGACGCCGGCCGCGCGUGGGCCACGGCGGUGGCGCUGGCCUGGCUGGAGGGCCACUGCGCCGGCCACCUCCACGAGUGGGAGCUGGCGGCGGGCAAAGCGCAGCGCUGGCUGGAGGAGCGCGGCGGCGGUGGUGGGCUGCUGCUCGCGCUGCGCCACUGGGACCGCAAGCUCGACUUCACGCUGCUGUGCUACAACCAGGGCAGCUCCUGA